AUGGAUACAGUUCUGUCAACUGUCCACUGUUUUUCACAAGAACUACAAAAAAGCAACAUUGACUACGUGGCAGCAAGUGGUUUAAUACAGGCUUGCAAAACCACAUUUACAAAAUUUCGUUCUGAUGAGUCUUGGGAAGAAAUAGUUAAACAGACUGACAAAUUAUGUGAUAUGAUAGUUGGAUGGAGGUAUCAAACCACAGAAUGUUUACGUAAAUCAUUUAAAGUAGAUAUGUUUUUUGCAACAUUGGACAAAAUGUUAAAUGAAUUUGAUAAGCGGUUUACAGAAAAUAUUGAAGUCUUGAGAGCUACUUCAGUUUUCAAUCCAUGCCUUGAAAAAACAUUUCUAAAUGAAAAACUUAUAUACAUUCUAGCUGACCAUUGCCAAACUGCAGGAAUUGACAAACAAAUUCUUGAAUCAGAAAUUAAAACAGCCAAAGCUCUUAUAGACAAUCAACCACAAAAAGCAAACAACAUUGAAUUGCUUCACGACAUGUUGGCGGCAACACCGAACGCAUUUGGAGAAUUGUUGUCGUUAAUUAAGAUUGUUUUAACAAUUCCUGUAGCAACAGCUUCAAAUGAACGAAUGUUUUCUACCCUCAGCCGAGUUAAAAAUUAUUUAAGAAGUAGUUGUGGUGAUGAAAGACUAAGCGAUCUGUUAGUUCUUUCAUGUCUGACUGAAGACGCAAAAAACAUAAAUCUGUUGGAGGUGGUGACUGAAUUUGCAAAAAUGAAGCCUCGUAGAUACCCAGAUCCAUUAAUUUAA